GCCCCCUGACCCGGAAGCGCUCGUGCGGGUGGGAAUUUCAGGUGCAGGCGGCUGCCGGGUUUUUACCGGAAUCCCGCGUGUACGGAGACCGCGCGCUCUCGUCCGUACGGAAGCUCCCUGAUGGGGGCCGCCAUGUUUUAACCGUAUUCCUCGCCUCCGCGUUCUCGCGUACGCCCGUACGGCAGCGGCCGGGGAAAGGGCCCGGAAGCUCGCCCGCCCCGCGCACCGGAAGUGCCGUACGGGCGCGGCCAUGGCGCUGACCCCGGUGCUGCGGCGGCUCCGCGGACGGCGGGUGGUUCUGGCGAGCGCGUCCCCGCGGAGGCGGGAAAUCCUGGGCUACACGGGCCUCCGGUUCGAGGUCGUGCCCUCCCGGUUCCCCGAGACCCUUGACCCCGCCGCCUUCGCGACCCCGCACGGCUACGCCGCGGAGAACGCGCGGCGUAAGGCGCUGGAGGUGGCGCUGCGGCUGCGCGAGAAAGACCAGCGGACCCCGGAUGUCGUCAUCGGGGCGGACACCGUGGUGGUCGUGGCCGGGCAGAUCCUGGAGAAGCCGCGGGACAAGGAGGACGCCUUCCGGAUGCUGCGCCGGCUGAGCGGGCGCGAGCACAGCGUCAUCACGGCCGUGGCCAUCGUCCUCUUCUCGCCGCCCGGUGACCCCGGGGCCCCGCCCCCCGACCCGGAAGUGACCUCGUUCCACGAGGAGACGCGGGUGACGUUCUCGGCGCUGACGGACGAGCUGCUGCGCGACUACGUGGACAGCGGGGAGCCCAUGGACAAGGCCGGCGGGUACGCGCUGCAGGCGCUGGGCGCGAUGCUGGUGGAGCGCGCGGAGGGCGACUUCCUGGGCGCCGUGGGCUUCCCGCUCAACCGCUUCUGCCGCGAGCUGCAGGCCGCGCUGGGGCCGGGGGUGACGUCAGCACCCGCCGCCGCGGAGGAGGGCGGGGCCGGCGGCGCGGACGGGCCCCGCCCACCUCCGGCCACAGAGAAUCCUGGGAUCGACCUCUGACCUCCGGCCCCCUGACCCCGGGGUUCGCGCCUGUGACGUCAUGGACUCCGUGACCCCGGGACCUGUGACCCCGCGGUCGCCAUCAUUAAAGACUGGAUCGGUGUCCCGUGACCCCGACCCCCCGUGACCCCGCGACCUGAGCUCGUGUUUUUUGAUUUAUCAGAAGUUUGGGGAAAAUAAAUCCUCGCGUCCCGGUU